GGGUCCGGCGCCCGCCGCUCCGCCCGGGGGCCCGAGGCCUGUAGUUCCGCCCGGGGGUCCGGCGCCCGCCGCUCCGCCCGGGGGCCCGAGGCCUGUCGCCCCGCCCGGGGGCCCGCUGCCUGCUGCUUUCGCCUGGUAGCCCGAUGUGCCCGAUGUGCUCUGCCCGGGGUCCGGCCCGGUGUGCCCUCUGCCCGGAGUCCGGCCCGGUGUGCCUCUGCCCGGUGUGCCUCUGCCCGGUGUGCCUCUGCCCGGUGUGCCUCUGCCCGGUGUGCCUCUGCCCGGUGUGCCUCUGCCCGGUGCCUCUGCCCGGUGUGCCUCUGCCCGGUGUGCCUCUGCCCGGAGUCCAGCCCGGUGUGCCUCUGCCCGGAGUCCAGCCCGGUGUGCCUCUGCCCGGAGUCCAGCCCGAUGUGCCUCUGCCCGGAGUCCAGCCCGAUGUGCCUCUGCCCGGACUGUUUGGAGCGUCCUGAGGCCGCUCCUUGAGGGGGGGGUACUGUC